AUGGGUUCCCUCUUCAACGGCGCCUGCCUCUUUACUUGCUGGCUGCCAAACAUCUUGAGCCCACAGGGGCAAACAGUACCCGGGUCCGAGCCAGACAUCGCAUGGAAGACAUACGAUUACAUCGUUGUGGGAGGCGGACUCACUGGACUUACUGUCGCCAACCGCCUGAGCGAGGAUAGCAGUCGCACGGUUCUCGUUAUUGAGAAUGGCUACCUUGUUGACGAUGUCUCGACUCAAGUUCCGUCAUAUGCAAACAGCUUGAACACAGGCUUGAUGUAUGAUAUCACAUCAGCUCCCAAUGUCAACAUCGGUGGCCAGACAAAAUCUGUAUGGGUAGGCAACGUCGUUGGUGGCGGGUCAGUCGUAAACGGCAUGGCCUUCGACCGCGCGUCUGCUGCCGAUUAUGAUGCGUGGGAGCAGCUCGGCAACAGUGGGUGGAACUGGAACAGUCUACUGCCGUACUUCAAGAAGUCUACUACUUUCACGCCACCCUCAACGGAAAACGUAAAAGCAUGGGGGAUAACGUACGAUGCGUCAUACUACGGCACAAAUGGUCCAAUUCAAGCCUCCUUCCCUAACUUCGAAUACUCUGACAUCACCACUAUCUGGGCAGCUUACAAAGCCCAGGGUGUCCCUCUGCCCAAGGAGCAUGCUUCGGGUAACGCAGUUGGUGCCUACUGGAUUCCUACAGCGCUACAGCCGGAAACACAGACUCGGUCAGAUGCCAGGAAUGGAUACUACGAUCCCAUAAAAAGCCGCAGUAACCUUAUCCUGGCUACUGGCAAGAAGGUCAACGAGAUUCUGUUCGACCAAGGUUUGCUCACCGGUUACAAAGCCAAGGGUGUUCAAUACGUGUCGCGCUUUGACAACUCCGUCAAGCAGGUCUACGCCAGUCGUGAGGUGAUUAUGGCUGCAGGAUCCAUCUUCACACCACAGCUCCUCCAACUAAGUGGCCUUGGACCCCAAGACGUACUGAACGCAGCGGGAGUGCGCGUCAAGAAAAACAUGCCAGCAGUGGGCGCAAACAUGCAAGACCACCCCAACGCCAACUUGCAGUUCGACCUCACGAACCUAGCCACUCCAAACCCACUAUCUGGCCUGGAUCCAGCGUUCAACGCAUCGGCAUGGGGACAGUACAACACCAACAGGACCGGUCCGAUCACCCAAGCCCACGGAAGCAGCCUUGCAUUCCUCAGCCUGAGAACCAUCACCGACAACUACGAGUCGAUUGUCUCAUCCAUAAAGAGCCAAAACGCUCGCACCUACCUCCCCUCCGUCUAUGCCGACUCCAAGCUUCUAGCCGGCUUCAACAAACAGCGUGACAUCAUCGCAAACCUCCACUCCCGCGCCGACGCAGCAGUUGCCGAGUUCCCUAUGGUAGCAUUCGGCCUUGCUAUUGGUGCCCUGCAGCGCCCGUUGUCACGGGGUACUAUCACACUAAACCCAUCGAAUAAGUACGAUGCGCCUGUUGUGCAGUGGAAUACUUUUCAGAAUCCUAUUGAUCGCCGGAUCAUCGUCGAGAUGGUGCGCUGGCUGCGUCAGCAUUGGGCGCGUCCGGAGUUGAAGAAGUUCUCACCAGUUGAGAUAGUCCCUGGGACUGGCGAGACAGAUGAUGAAAUUAUUGAUGCGCUGAUCCAGACCAAGUCGCUCGAGGCAAGCUUUGCGCAUAUGUCUGGCAGUUGUUCGAUGAUGCCUGAGGCCUACGGUGGUGUUGUAGGCAGCGACUUGCUCGUGUAUGGCGUGAAGCAGCUGAGUAUUGUGGAUGGGAGUAUCAUCCCGCUGGUACCGGCGACGCAUCUACAGGCUACCAUGUAUGCUGUUGCUGAGAAGGCAGCAGAUCUUAUCAAGGCAAGGAAUCCGGUGUUGCAAACACCGUCGAUCUUUAAUGCUUUUAAUAUCUUCAGUCGGUGGAGCUUGUGA